AUGAGGAAAUGUCAGUCGUGGAGGUUAGUGAAGUUACUCACCGUGUCAGCUGUGCUCGUCCUGUCGGCUCAGAUCUUAGUCGGUGUCAUGAGUAAAGAGCAGGUAAAGACCAGCCCCCUGUCAGAGCAGGAGCACAGGCUCCUGUCCCCCCACUCAUACCAGUACGUACUCGACCAGCCCCUGUGCAGGGACAGCAGCCCCUUCCUGCUCUUCCUGGUCCCAGUUGCUCCACAGGACGCUGCAGCGAGGGAGGCCAUCAGGAAAACAUGGGGAGCUCCAGGUCAGGACACCCUCACUGUCUUCUACAUGGGGGUCCCCGAGGGGGGGCUGGGGUUCAGCCUCCAGGAGGAGCUGGAAGAGGAGAACAGGGAACAUGCAGACAUCAUCCAGAUGAACUUCCUGGACAGCUACCAGAACCUGACAAUCAAAACAGUGAUGAUGAUGAACUGGGCUGCGACCCACUGCCCCAGAGCCUCCUACGUCAUGAAGGUGGACUCGGACAUCUUUGUGAACGUGUUCUACCUCCUGCGGUGGCUGAGGAGCCGCCCACGUCAGGCCUUCAUCACAGGGUCAGUGAUAAACGACGGCAGGCCGAGGAGGGACGUUUACAGUAAGUGGUAUGUGUCAGAGGAGGAGUUCCCUGAAGACAGCUUCCCCCCGUAUGUAUCUGGAGCUGGGUAUGUCCUCUCUGUAGACCUGGCCGCCAGGAUCUCCUGGGCCUCCAGGUUCGUCCGCAUGAUCUCCAUGGAAGACGUGUACAUGGGGUUGUGUCUGCGUGUGCUGGGGGUCCGGCCUGUGUAUGCCCUCAGCCUGCCCACCCUCAGAAAUCUCUUUGAAAUCAGAGACUUGGAGUAUGACAGGUGCACCUUCGCCAAACUCAUCAUUGUGAAUGGGUUCAAGGCGUCUAAGCUGCUGCAGGUCUGGCAGGAUUUCUCCAUUGGACGCAGCAGCUGCUGAGGGUCAACUUUACCAAGUGCUUCACUGUUCAGACACACAUGAGAACUUCAACAAAGUUAAAUGUUAUCUAAUCAGUGUCCUGCUCUUAAGGAAAGAAGCCAUUACACACACACGCAGCAGUGUGGAUGCUCAUGUUCAAGGGCGACAGGGUUGUGGGUAAAGCUGUAUUAUUAUAUUAUGCAAACAUUAUUCAAAUAUUCAAAUGAAACUAUCAGAGAAUAUAUCUUCACUCCAGAGUUAAACCUCAACUCGUUCAUUUAAAAUCAAACACGUGUUACCUCAGGCUCAAAGAAAACCUCUCAUGUUGAUCUGCUGCUUGUCUCUUUUCCUAUAAUAUUGUCAAUUCAGUAUCUUAGUUUGGACUGCUGGUUGGACAGAACAGGCAAUUUGGAUACAUUCCUUUGGAUACAGUGGUGGUCAGAUUUUCUUUUACUAACCACUACAUUUGACCUAAUAAUAGAAAAUGAAAACUAGAGCAGCUGGAGAUCAUAAAGAGAUAGAAUG